CUUUUAAAUGUUUCCGUCGUCUUAGGCAGGUUGAGAUUCUUGACCCUAUUGGGAGCAGUUUGUGGCUUUUCGCGUCCAUCCCCUCCCCCCCCUUUUUUUUUUUUAUAGUUUCACUGAAUUAAUUUAGCCCAGUUAUUUUUAGGACAUUCCUAUGCUCCCUAUUUGCACAGCAGUGGUGAGCUGGUUUCCUGUCUGCUGUUGCUUCCAUUGUUCAGACUUCUCUCCCCGAGGGCAGCUGCUGGUUGGUGAAAUACCAAACUCCCUGCACUUUCAACUGUUGUUCUUGCCGCCCCCGAAAUAAAUGCGUGUAGAAAACGCUGACGUAGUUUCUAGGUGUAGUUGCAAUAUCAGGCAGUGAAACAGAGGAUGAUGACACUAUGGAUGUCCCACUGGAUCUUUCCUCAUCUGCUGGCUCAGGCAAACGGAGGAGACGUGGCAACCUGCCCAAGGAAUCCGUGCAGAUUCUUCGGGACUGGCUGUAUGAGCACCGCUACAAUGCUUAUCCUUCAGAGCAAGAAAAAGCGCUGUUAUCCCGGCAAACACACCUUUCCACACUACAGGUCUGCAACUGGUUUAUCAAUGCACGCCGCAGGCUCUUACCUGACAUGUUGAGGAAGGAUGGCAAAGACCCAAAUCAGUUCACUAUCUCGCGGCGAGGGACCAAGCUUCCCGAGGGCAGCCUGAUGGAGUCUGCCAUCAGCACAAAGAACUACAUUCCCCUGCUGGAGGAGACUGCCUUCCUUCCCGCUGCUGCACCGCUUGGCAAGACUGUGUCCUCUUCCAAGCCAGCUUCCCCGGGAUCGGUCCUGGCUCGGCCAUCGGUGAUUUGCCAUACGACUGUGACUGCGUUGAAAGAUGCCCCUUUCCACUUUUGCCAGCCAGCUGAUGUAGGCCAGACCACGGACCUGCAGCAGCCCCCAGCCGGCAGCUUCACAGACAACCCCCUUGCCUGCCAUGAGGACGCGUCUAAACUAGGACCUGGUGCAAACACACAAAGUGGGCUCUUUAACACUCCUCCUCCAACACCACCAGACCUUAACCAGGAUUUUAGUGGAUUUCAGCUACUGGUGGAUGUUGCACUCAAAAGGGCGGCAGAAAUGGAGUUGCAGGCGAAACUUAUGGCCUAAAUCCCCUUCCUUCUCCUUCCCCGUUUUGUUUUACCAGGCAGGGAUCUAACAGCUGUGUGGUUAUUGCCACCCACACAAUAUCAAAAGACUUCACUGCAUUAUUAUUAUUUUUUUUUUAAUAAUCUUAUUUGCACAAGGGGAUUGCUGAAAUGAAGCUUCCUGUCACUGAGAUGGUCUUCAGUGGAAUACGGUCAUUCCAAGAAUUAUAAACUUAAAGCUACUGUAGAAAGAAAGGAUUGUGUGUUUUGUUUUUUUUUUUUUUUUUUAAUGUUUUCUUUGUAGGUUUUUCAUAAUGUGAGAUGGUUCCCAAGAUCAUGUGAUUUGUUUUCGUUUCUUUCAGACUGUGCAAUAUCUAGUAAUGAUAUAGAGUCUUCUUAUCAUUCCCACGUGGAACGGAAUAUACCGACAUGCUGUUUAAAUUUUCAAUUUUUUUAACAAUACAAACUUUGGAUGAUCAUGCUUUUUUCCCAUAAUGUAAUAAAAUAUUUUCUUUAAAAA